UGCACAUGUCUAAAAGAGGGAGGUGGGACUAAUUCUGUCAAAAAUGACUUGCUCCCCUGAGCUCUGCUGCCAGCCCAUGUCUGACAGUCUUAGCCUCAAGAACUAAGAAAAUUCCCAACAAUCAUUGUCAUCUUGUAUGGGAGGUGAAAUCAUCUGGACUCAUCUGCUUUGGGACCUUUUAAUGCUGCCUGCAAGGCAGCAGCAUGACUGAAGGGUGCCCUAGGCCUGGCCUACAAAGCAGCUGGUGAGAAUCUGCUGAAAGCAGCACAGACAGAGCAAGGCUCUGGAAGCAGAGAACUCAGGGGGCUCUCACUGCUGAUGACAGAUGGCAGACUUCCCAGUGUUCCUGGAAUUUCUGAAGGGAGCACCUUUGCACAGCAGUUUGUUGAUCCUCACCAACAUUCUCCUCUUUCUUCAACCUGGGAAGGGGACUACAGUGAUAGGCCCUGAGGAAUCCAUUAUGGCCCACAUUGGGGAAGAGGUGGACUUCUCAUGCCAUGUGUCACCGUACCUGGACGUGGAGCACAUGGAGAUUCGCUGGUUCCGGGACCAGACCUCGGAUGUGGUGCAUCUGUAUCAGAAUGGGCAGGAGCUCUUUGGGGAGCAGAUGGUGCAGUUCCAGAAUAGGACCAAACUCCUCACAGAUGAGAUCACCACUGGCGGUGUGAUCUUGCAGCUCCACGGUGUGGUGCCCUCUGACGAGGGCCUUUAUGGAUGCCGUUUCCUAUCCAGCAACUUCUCUGGUGAAGCCAUCUGGGAGCUGGAGGUAGCAGGGAUGGGCUCAGACCCUCAUAUCUCCCUUGAGGGCUACAAGGAAGGAGGCAUUCAGCUGAGAUGCAGCUCCACUGGCUGGUACCCAAAGCCUGAGGCUCAGUGGAGGGACCAUCAGGGGCGGUGCCUGCCUCCAGAGUCUGAAGCUAUCAUCCAGGAUGUGCAGGGCCUAUUCCAUCUGGAGACAUCCGUCAUUGUUCGAGGGAGAGCCCACAAGAACGUGACGUGCUCCAUCCAGAACACCCUGGUGGGCCAGAAGAAAGAGUUUGUGGUCCAGAUAGCAGAUGUGUUCUUGCCCGGAGGUUUCCCUUGGAGAGGCGCGUUCCUGGGAACCCUAACCGGUGCCUUGGUGCUACUGGUUGUCCUGGUGGCGCUGGCGCGAAUCCGCAGGCGGAAGCAGCUGCGGCGCCGAGAAAAGCUGCUGAAGCAGAAGCAGGCGGAGGAGGAGCGAGGAAAACUGACCUCGCAGCUGGAGAAGCUUCAGGUGGAGUUGGAAUGGAGAAGGGCUGAAGGCCAAGCUGACUGCCACCAGGACAGAGAAGAAAAAAGUCCCUGAGCACAGCUGCAGAGAGACAGAUUACGAGGCGCCAGAGGUUGCAAAAGAUAACCAAGAAACUGCCCCCAUGCAGCCACACCUACAAGACACAAAUGUCACCAAGACUCUGAACUCCACAGACCCAGACUAAAGCUUUCCCACUCAUCCCUGCCAUGCCCCUUCAUAUACAAACACCGCUAUAAAACCUAACCCCACUCUAUCCCUGAGGGCCAAUGGUCUUAUCACCCUUGGCUCACCUGAAACCAGGCUAAAUAAACCUCGCUUAUUGCUUCAA